AUGAGGGCUGUAUUGGAGACAGCAGACAUUGCCAUAGUGGCUCUGUAUUUUAUCCUGGUCAUGUGCAUUGGUUUUUUUGCCAUGUGGAAGUCUAAUCGAAGCACCGUGAGCGGAUACUUCCUGGCGGGGCGCUCUAUGACCUGGGUAGCAAUUGGUGCCUCUCUGUUUGUGAGCAAUAUUGGGAGUGAACACUUCAUUGGGCUGGCAGGAUCUGGAGCUGCAAGUGGAUUUGCUGUGGGCGCAUGGGAAUUCAAUGCCUUACUGCUUUUGCAACUUCUAGGAUGGGUUUUCAUCCCAAUUUACAUCCGGUCAGGGGUAUACACCAUGCCUGAAUACUUGUCCAAGCGAUUUGGUGGCCAUAGGAUUCAGGUGUAUUUUGCAGCCUUGUCUCUGAUCCUGUAUAUCUUCACCAAGCUCUCAGUGGAUCUGUAUUCAGGUGCCCUCUUUAUCCAAGAGUCGUUGGGUUGGAACCUUUAUGUAUCUGUCAUCUUGCUUAUUGGUAUGACUGCCUUGCUGACUGUCACUGGAGGCCUUGUUGCAGUGAUAUACACAGAUACUCUACAGGCUCUGCUCAUGAUCGUUGGAGCACUGACCCUAAUGGUUAUUAGCAUGAUGGAGAUUGGCGGGUUUCAGGAAGUUAAGAGAAGAUACAUGGCUGCAUCUCCUAAUAUCCCUUCCAUCUUGCUGACAUACAACCUUUCCAACACAAAAUAUUGUAAUGUCACCCCUAAGGAAGAUGCUCUGAAAAUGUUGCGGAAUCCAACAGAUGAAGAUGUCCCUUGGCCUGGAUUCAUUCUUGGGCAGACCCCAGCUUCAGUAUGGUACUGGUGUGCGGACCAAGUCAUCGUGCAGAGGGUUUUAGCGGCCAAAAACAUUGCCCAUGCCAAAGGCUCUACUCUUAUGGCUGGCUUCUUGAAGCUUCUGCCAAUGUUUAUCAUAGUGGUCCCAGGAAUGAUUUCCAGGAUACUUUUUGUUGAUGAUAUAGCUUGCAUCAACCCAGAACACUGCAUGCAAGUUUGUGGAAGCAGAGCAGGCUGCUCCAAUAUUGCCUACCCUCGCCUGGUGAUGAAGUUGGUUCCUGUAGGCCUCCGGGGCCUAAUGAUGGCUGUGAUGAUUGCAGCGCUGAUGAGUGACUUGGACUCUAUCUUUAACAGUGCCAGCACCAUAUUCACCCUUGAUGUGUACAAACUCAUCCGCAAGAGUGCAAGCUCCCGGGAACUAAUGAUUGUGGGGAGGAUAUUUGUGGCUUUUAUGGUGGUGAUCAGUAUUGCAUGGGUGCCAAUCAUUGUGGAGAUGCAAGGAGGCCAGAUGUACCUUUACAUUCAAGAGGUGGCAGAUUAUCUGACACCCCCAGUUGCUGCCCUGUUCCUUCUGGCAAUUUUCUGGAAGCGCUGCAAUGAACAAGGGGCUUUCUAUGGUGGAAUGGCUGGCUUUGUUCUUGGAGCAGUACGUUUGACGCUGGCCUUUGUCUACCGUGCCCCAGAAUGUGACCAACAUGAUGAUAGACCAGGCUUUAUCAAAGACAUUCAUUACAUGUAUGUGGCCACUGCACUGUUUUGGGUCACAGGCCUCAUUACUGUAAUUGUUAGCCUUCUCACACCACCUCCUACAAAAGAACAGAUUCGUACCACCACCUUCUGGUCUAAGAAGAACCUGGUGGUUAAGGAGAGCUGCUCUCUGAAAGAUGAACCAUAUAAAAUGCAAGAGAAAAGCAUUCUGAGAUGCAGUGAGAAUAGUGAGGCCAUCAACCACAUUCCCAACGGGAAGUCUGAAGACAGCAUUAAGGGCCUUCAGCCUGAAGAUGUGAAUCUUCUGGUGACAUGUAGAGAGGAGGGAAACCCAGUGGCUUCCUUAGGUCACUCUGAGGCAGAAACACCAGUGGAUGCUUACUCCAAUGGGCAAGCAGCUCUCAUGGGUGAGAAAGAGAGAAAGAAAGAAACAGAGGCUAGAAGCCGUUACUGGAACUUCAUAGACUGGUUUUGUGGCUUUAAAAGUAAGAGCCUCAGCAAGAGGAGUCUCAGAGACCUGAUGGAGGAGGAGGCUGUUUGUUUACAAAUGCUGGAAGAGACUCCAAAAGUUAAACUAAUACUAAAUAUUGGACUUUUUGCUGUGUGUUCUCUUGGAAUUUUCAUGUUUGUUUAUUUCUCUGUAUGA